CGUCUUUUAUUGUUCCCCACAAUAAAAAUCUUCAUUGCUUCAACUUCACAUCAUGCUGCGCUCCCUGCGCCGUGUCUGGCUUGGCGGCGGCGUGGAGUCCACGGUGGACGCCUCGCUGCGCCGACUGAAGCCGCUUCCCGACGCAGUGCCGCCGCUCUUCUCCGGCCCCAACAAGCCGGAGGAGCCCAAAGCUGCGGCCAAUCUCAACAACGAGCAGCGGCUGGGCGACGUGGUCUGGAAACCCGAGCAAGAGUUCCCUGGUCGCUCUGUAAUCGACCGCCAUGCCAUGACCCUGUCCCGCGAAAUGCAGGUGCUUCUCCGUAUUGCACGGGUAUCCGUCCACAGCAUCGCACAGCCCGCGAGACUAGCGCUUCUUGGCGUAUGCUCCAGUGGCGUGAUGGGUCUGUCGGCCUACGAGGCGUAUCUGCUGCUAGAUUCCGUGCAGCCAUUUACUGUGGACUCAUUACUGUUUAUGUAUAAGUACGCGACGCAUAACUUCUUGGCCAGUUGCAUCUGGGAGACGCGGGCGCCGGAGCUCGUGGCUCAAUCACUAGGACUAGACCCAACGCAGUUAUUAAGAGCGUUCCAUCCAGCGACGUCAAGCGCUGAUGCAACACUGCAGCUGAGGAUCAUGAGCGUGUUCACUACUCGAGCCAUGUUGGCGGGUUUCAUGGUCGUAACUCAGUUGCUAAACAUUGUAAGAGCGAGUGGAACAGCGGCGUUUGGAUACUUGGAAAACGUGUACAACGGACUCGAACCUCCAUUGCAGGGGAUUGAGGAACGCAUUAUCCGUCUUGCAGGUAAAGAAAGCGACGUCACGGAGGUGUCGAUGGCGCGUUAUGGAGCGCAUAUCCUGCCUGUGUUUGAGGACCCAGAGCGACAUCGACAUCUUGUGGCGCAGUGGUCGCUCGGAGGACGAGUGCCUUGCAUUUGGCGGGUACCUAAGGGACAGUACGGUUUCCGUCACUCGUGGACAGGUCUCCAUGUUGAUGGGUCCUUCUUACUUCGUACUACUACGGGCAAGUACAUUUUGUGCAUCGAGGCGGAUGCCACACUGAAAGAUAGAGCCUUCGAGUUACGAGUGAUGCCCGAGACGCCACUACCGAAGGACGAAGAGCUCUCGAUCGAAGAUGCUUCACAAGCCUAUCGUCUUGUGGAGCGACAAGCAGCACUGGCACUUAAACGACCAUUUCGUAGUCUUUGUGUGCUGUUGGGGGACUCUCGUCAGCCCUGUGAUCUCGGUGGCGAGUCGUUCGUCACGCUGCGUGAACGAAUGCGUCUUAAGCAAGAGGUGAAUGUGCUAAUUGACUCGAAAGCACCUUUACUGCUGGAGGUUCUGAAGUGGUGUGGACGCUUUGUCGACGACAGGAAGACGCUGGUUCUGGAUGUGACGCCUCACAACUUCACGCCGCUGAAACUGUUCUUGGAACAUUAUGGAUAUGCUGUCCUAACUCCAGCUGAAGCUGUGGAUUUCGAAGAGCGUGAGCGAGCUGAGAUCGCAGCAGAGACAAAGAUGAAAGCUGAAGCAGAGGAACAGGAGGAACGGCAUUGUCAAGAAUUGGAGGAACAAGAACUUGCACUGGCAGCAGCAUCGUGGGCUAAGGGGAGACCACGUGCUCCUGUUCUUGAUUCUAAAAACAAGAACAACGAUAACUCUCAGAUAGCUGAAGAGAACAACGAAAACUCUAAGAUAGCUGAAAAGAACGGGGAUUCCGCGCACAACAAGAGCACUACACCAGAGAAGUCAGCAGUGAAGGAUAAAGAGAAUGGCAAAGAUAAGAGCGAUGAAUCGCCCGCUGCACGACGAGGUAAGAAGCCAGAAAAGCUUCCUCGUCUGCUGUAUUACCCGACGACUGCGGCUACCAUCAACGCUGUGCAUGCCACCUUAACUUCUGGCGAUGGUUUGUCAGAUCCACGACGAUGUUGCGUGCUGAUCAACCAACCUUUUGGCCUUGAGCAUCUGGACGAACUAGCAGAGGAUGCAGGCGAGAAAUUCCAUCCUGUGUGCGCUGCCGAGAUCUACGACGACUAUUUCCGUCAGGUGAGGAUCUGGACGCGUAUGGGUCAUUCGGCCGCUGUCAUCCAGCGUGAACUCGACCAACGUUUUGAACCUGUCCGCGAUGUCUUGGAUACCAUCGCGACAUUGAGUCAAUCAACAGCAAGUCCCAAUUCUAAAGAAUAGAGAUCUGGAAAUUAAAAUAGAGAUCUGGAAAUUAGAACUCUUACCUGAUUAGAGUCGAUAAUAAUAAAGGAACCUACAUGUACCAACAUGCUUCUCAAUUGAAGAGGUUGCGAGUGAGCAGGUAGCCAGACAGCAGCAGGAACAAUGCCACUCCAUAGACGAGCAUCCUGGCGAUAAUCUGGCAAGCUGCAACAUCCGCAGGUUGCAGCUCGC